AUGGCCUUCAAUGACCUCCUGAAGCAAGCUGGAGGCAUGGGGAGAUUCCAGAUCCUUCAGUUUCUCUUUCUCACAGGCAUAUUCACUAUAACUUUCAUUCAUGUCCAGAUGGAGAACUUCACUGCAGCCAUCCCUGGGCAUCGUUGCAGAGUUCCCCUCCUAGACAAUCACACUGUUUCUAACGACACUGGGAUCCUCAGCCAGGACGCUCUCCUGAGAGUCUCCAUCCCGCUGGACUCAAACCUGAAGCCAGACAAGUGCCGUCGCUUCACCCAGCCCCAGUGGCAGCUCCUGCAGCACAAUGGGACUUUCUCAAACACACACGAGCCAGACACAGAGCCCUGUGUGGAUGGCUGGGUGUACGACCGCAGCACCUUCGUCUCCACCAUUGUGAUGGAGUGGGACCUGGUGUGUGAAGCUGAAUCAAUGAGUUCAAUGGUUAGAUUCCUACUCAUGGCUGGAAUGAUGUUGGGAAACAUCAUAUUUGGUCGUUUGACAGACAGGUUUGGGAGGAAGUUAGUGCUCACAUGGUGUCUCCUCCAGAUGGCCAUCGCUGAUACCUGUGCAGCUUUUGCUCCCAGCUUCCUCAUUUACUGCUUACUGCGCUUCCUGACUGGGAUGUCUGCUACGACCGUCAUGGGAAAUAUUGUUAUGCUUAUUAUAGAGUGGACAUUGCCCCAGUUCCAAGCCCUGGGAAUGACAUGUGUGAGUUCCGCUAGUAACCUUGGACAGGCAGCCCUGGGAGGCAUAGCUUAUGCUAUUCGGGACUGGCAGAUACUCCAGCUGAUAUUUUCGGUGCCAUUUUUUGUCUUUUUUGUAUGCUCAAGGUGGAUUGCAGAGUCUUCUCGGUGGUUGAUUGUUGUCAACAAACCUGAGAAGGCCCUAAAGCAACUCAAGAAAGCAGCACAUAGAAAUGGGAUAAAGAACGUGGGAGACACCCUAACUAUGGAGGUUGUGAGGUCCACCAUGAAGGAGGAGCUGGCAGCCGCACAGAUAAAGCUUUCUCUAUGGGACUUGUUCCGCACAUCCAUCAUGCGGAAACGUAUCUUCUGCUUGUGUUUUGUGAGAUUUGCCAACUCCACGGUGUUUUAUGGCCUGAGUCUCAACAUUCAUCACUUGGGGAACAAUAUCUUCUUGAUACAGGGUCUCUUUGGAUUAAUCAACAUCUUGGCCAAUUUCGUUGCCCUUUUGGUUAUGAAUCACAUAGGCCGUCGAAUAAGCCAAGCGGUGCUCUUGUUUCUCACGGGGAUCUGCAUUGCUUCUGUUACGUUUGUACCUGAUGAAAUGGAGACCCUGCGUGUGACACUGUCUACUUUUGGAGAAGGAGUCAGCGUGGCAGCGAUCCUCUGCUCUGUUACCCAUGCAAACGAACUGAUUCCCACUUCAUUCAGGGCAACAGCUUCAGGAAUAAUUGCGAUUGCUGGUAACACUGGGGCUGCCCUGUCUCCCUUGGUGAUGAUUCUAAGAACAUAUUUUGAACCGUUGCCUUGGAUCAUCUAUGGAAUCAUAUCCAUCCUCUCGGGCCUCACUGUCCUCCUUCUUCCUGAAACCAGAAACAAGCCUCUGCCCGACUACAUCCAGGAUUUGGAGAAUGAGUGA